AUGGAAAGUAAUGCGUCAAAAUUAGCUGAGCUGAUAGCAUCACUUGAUGGAAAAGACGGAGGCGAUGACUCUCGCGCUACGUCGCCAGGUCCUGGUGCUGCAGGACGAUGGACAGUGGAGGACAACAAACAGAUUGCGAGAAGUCGGCCAAGAACAUAUCCAUACUUUCGGUACCUGCCUUAUGAGGUGGAGAGCGAGGUGAAGAGAAAUCAAGACUUCAAAGAGAUGCUAAAGCAACUCUACAUCUCGGUAGAAGCUGGCGACUUCGCUGUGGGCGCUGUACACUGGACAAGGGAGUUGAGAAAUUGGCUAGGCCUCAAAUUCGACCCAACUAAGGACCAGAGAGUAAAGUUGGUCAGAUUAUACUAUGAGCUCGCCCUGGCACCUGGUGUGGAUACUACGGCAGCGGAGAGGUUCUCAAGCAUGUUUAUGGUACUGACAAAGCGAAAGCAUUACCUUCGACCUGGCACCGAUCUUACUCUGGAUUGGAGACCUCUGUUCCGGGAGUGGAAAGUACUUGUGAUACCGUCAGAGUCUGGUGUCCACGCCCAACACGUGAAGCGUAGUUACAAGACACUCACCAAACUCUGUGCCUUUGCUCAACUCUAUGUCGAUCCAAAGGAGAUACCAGCAAUGCUGGCGGAAAUUCUUCCUUAUUUCACAACGUCUUUCACGGAAGGCGCCUACACUGUGACGGGUCUUCUGAAUCUGCUGUUCCCAACGGCACCUCCACCUGAAGGCAAAGAGGAACUCCUACCACAGCAUUAUCUACCCACGUUCUUUCACUUAUGGUCGCUAGUCAACAGGUCGAGAGUCUUCGAUACCACCUUCAUGGAUCUCUUUUCGAGACUAGCUCGAGAUUCACUGGUGUCCGCCCAUGUCCCGUUCACCGAAUUUGGUAUCUACACCCAGGAGCAAUCUUCCUCAAUAUUCACCGCUAUCCUCCGUCUUCUCGAGAUACCUGUCGGGCAAGCGACAUCACCCUACAGUGGAACGAUGGACAUAGCUGCUGGACUUGCCAUCAUGGUCGAACGAGAUCCAAAAAAGCAUCCCAUUGCGCAUCACAUCGCGCGGUGGAUUAUAAUGUCUCUGUCACCAGCCUCCUUAGAUACACCCGACUCGAUCAUGACCAAUCUCGAAGGUCUUAUGCAAGCGGUCGAAACCUUCUUCCAUCCUUCUAAUUCAGGCACAUGGACCAAGCCUCUGUCACAGCUCGUUUUCUAUCUCACUGAUUUCUUCGUCAUGCGGUGGAACCGUGAGAAGAGCGGAGAAAUGGAAAUGCCAGACGACCGUAAGCUGAACGAUGCCCUAAAACAGCGGUUCGUCUUGUGCUUGAGAGACGUAGUUUUCAUGGGGAUCUACGCAAAGAGUGGCGGUGCGAUGAACUUUUCUCUGUCAAGUCUCCAGAGUUUGGCUUACCUAGAGCCAACUUUGAUCCUACCCGGAGCACUGCAGCGCAUCUAUCCAUCCAUGCAAGGUCUGGUCGAAGUACAUCGAACUACUUCAUCCUUACGAUCUUUGCAAGUUCUAUCAAGGAUCAUGGCUCGUACAAAAGGCUUCAGGUGUCACGUCACCACAAUGCUGGGCCUCGCUCUUCCUGGCAUAGACGCCAACGACCUAGACAAGACCUUGUACACGUUAUCCUACAUCCAGUCCGUGUGCUACAGCAUACCUCUCCACGACUUAACUCGAGACAGCGAAGACAUCAGUGGCAGCAUGCUUGCAAUGGAAUGGAUUACUUCCGAGGUCGCCCGGAUGGAAGAAGAAGGUGUGAAAGUCAAAUGUGACUACCAGGAUGGCUUGAGCGAUGUUGACGAAGAGAUCAUCCUCCGUUCUUCCACUGCAGGAUAUGCAGAGUUCCUGAGCUCUUUCCUCGGCAAAGUGUUUACUCUUCUGGAAAAUCUUCCGGACGCCUCGCGACCUAGGUCUGGUUCGCCCGAAGAAAAUAUCGUGAAUACUCUUCCUGCUGCAUUUACGCCGUUGCUGGCUUCUUUGUCGCCUGAUUUGUACGACCUUGCGCUGAACAAGAUUGCCGACUUCAUAAGUAACCACGUUGUUCAUCAAGCUCGAGACGCGAUGGCCUUCAUUUGCAGCUCUCUUGUCAAGGUUGAUCCGGUCAAAGCCCUCAAGCGCCUGGUGCCAGUUCUGAUCCAGUCAAUUCGGACAGAGAUCGACGAGAACGGAGCAGCGUCAACCCGAAACACAGGCACCGAUGUCCUGCCUAGGGACCGAGGACUUGUGUGGAGUGUCAGUAUGCUUAGUAUGUCUGUUGUACAUGUUGGCGACGCCGUACUCCAACAUAGACAAGAGCUAUUCGACAUUGCCGCAUAUACGCAGCAGAAAUGUAAAGGUCUCCCAACCACCCACAUCUCGAACUUCAUUCAUCAUCUGUUACUUAAUCUCACUGGUAUCUAUACUGUAGACUACUCGCUAUACGAGCAAGAAGUACUUGCCAGAGGGAUCGGACCUGCAGACUGGGGAACGACUCCGGAUCCUCAGAACCUCAACAUCAAAUGGCAUGUGCCUAACAAGGACGAGAUUCAAUUUGCUGUUGACUUGCUGAAAGCUCAGGGAGAGAACGCUUUAGAACAGUUACGGGCUCUCACUUCUGGGACCUCGAGCAUCAAGCGAGACGGUGUAGGCAAGGAAUGGUCCGACGAAGUUUCUCGCAACCUUGUGCUUCUUCGACUGCUGUUGUCAGGCGUCUCUGUUCUCUUCGACGCGAAGCUCGAUUCCAAGAUAACUACCCCCCAAUCAGAAUCAGAGGCGAGUGCAGACACUGAGAUGGUCGAUGCUGAGGCCGAGUCUUCGGAAGAUCAGCAUGAUGAGGACUCUGAUCCAUAUCUUGAGAGCUCAGAUGAGGAUGAAGUUAAGCCCACGUUCACCUAUGCGUCUGGCUAUUUACUCGAAGAGGACGAUGACCUCUACCAAGAGCUUCACGCUUUCAGGGAGAGGACGGGGCAAGUACUGCACGAAGUCCAUCAGUUUCUUGUUGAGAAACAGGAAGAUGACGUGGCUUGCUUUGAGCCUCUAUGCAAUGCCUAUCGGUCGUGGUUCGUUGACGUUGGGAUUGAGAGAUCCGCCCAUGUCCUUGACAGGGUGACAAGACUUCUCUCUGCCGACAGUCAACCCUACAAAGUCAGCGGGUUGCGAAAAGAGUACCCCAGGCCUAUACUCCUUCGGAGGGCCAACGUAUAUCAUUUACAGCGACUGCGUCACAACUCCUACCCACGCCCGAAGACCGAUUUAUCAAAGCAGCUCUUUAUCGACCUUGCACAAUCGUCUGUGUCUGCUUACCGAGACGUUCGUAGACAUGCGCAGAGUGCGGCGGAAGCCGCUUUGAAAGCCGUCAAUGGAGCGCGAUCCUUAGUAAUACCUCCACUUCUUUCUGCCAUGGAGAGCGGUGUCAAGGACAAUGACUUUGCCCGUAUAAAAGGUUCUAUGUAUUCGUUGUUCUUCGGCUCCCUGAACAAGACCAUUGCUCGAGACUGGAGGUACGCCCCAACGCUAAUCAAGACUUACAUCUCUGCCAGCACAGCAGACAAACCCUCUAUUCAAAAACUUUGUGCCGUUGUAACUAUGCAGAUCAUGGAAAUGGGGAAACCACAGGAGCGAAUGGUGAUUCUAGAAAGGGAACUGGUGCGGGCUAUCGCGCCAAAUAACGACAACGUCCAAGGUAUUAUUGACAGAAAGAGAGCCAAGCUUUCAGCCAAACGUUCUCGAAUCGAACGCAAGAAAGCGGCCUUGUCAGAGGAGCUUGUUGAUAUGGCCAGAAAAUCGCACUGGAAGAAGGCAAGUCGCACUGCUGUUAUUGUGAUUACUUUAGGUCUCAGGUUCGACGGUAUUGCGUCCAAAAACAUGAUCGACCUUGUUGCCCGAGGAUCGAUUGACUCGCAUCCUGGGCUUAGAGCACUGUACCAAGGAGCCAUUGUCGCCAUUUUCACUCUUAUCGACUCUCGGGCAGCUGCAAAUCAUAGCUAUGAGGACUAUCUUUUGGACAAGCAACGCCUUCCGGCCAAAGUGCAAGUCACUACCCGUCAAGAUGAUCCAACUUGGACGUCAGAAUACCUUGCAAGCUUCGCUAAAGCAGACGCGGAAUACUACGUUGACCACGAUCAUCCAGGCUGGCUAGCCUGGAACAAGACUAUGCCUGCAUAUCAGACGAAUCCCAAGACCGAUCUGGAGUAUGAUGACGCCGAGGAAACUGCUCGUACACAGAUAGGGCAGAUAUUAGAUCGGUCGUGGUUCUCGUCAUUCUUCGGAUACCUGAGACAAGAACCGCGUGAUACUGCAGCCGAUCGGUUCCACGUCUCCAAUGUUAUGCUGCUCGGUUACGCCUUUGACCUCAUGUACUCUGGUCGGACAAGUACAAACUUCCUUGAGAUCAAAGAAGAAAUCCGGAGGAUCUGGACUGAUGGAUCUGACAAACAUCAGCACCGUGCCACCGCCGAAAUAUUGGCGGCGUUGCUUCUAUCGACGGUCGAUAAACCGCUCGAAAUGCGUACAGAGAUCUGGCAGUACGUUUACCCUAUGGUUCAACAGGCGUUUUCCGACGGCUUGACUCCAGAGAAUCUCACAUACUGGAACACGUUCCUGCAAAUACUCACACAGGGCAAAGAUCCUCGGCGUUCUUGGCCCCUCAUUGAUUGGCUUGCGUCCUUUAGGUUGGAUAUGGAGUCUAAUGCCGCAUUCAAGGAAAGCUCGAAAAUAAAAUUAUUGCAAACAUGUGUAAACAACUUGGGCUGGCACUUCCAGCUCGACAAGCCAAUCAUCGAAGAUUUUCUUCUGCAUCUUGAUCAUCCAUACAAGGGAGUCCGUGAAGCCAUGGGUCACUCGUUGUCAAUCCUGUAUCGCACACGCUAUCACGAGUCAUACAAGGAUGUGCCUACAUUAAUCGAGAGUCAGAAAGAGGCCUCUUCAUUAGGCAUAAGACCAUACCAGCCCACCCAGGAGUUUGUAAAGACUAUCCACGAGGUUUUUGAACGACUGGAAAAAUGGAGGCAGGAGCGCACACCAGGCCAACAAACGCCCUCUCCAUAUACUUCGGGCGGUAAGACUGUCUUGCUGUGGCUCGAUAUGACAUUGUCAUCUUUUGAAUGCACUCAGCUUCUGCAAUUCUUCCCGAAUGUAUUCAUGGAGCAAUUGCUCUACAUGAUGGACGUCCGCGAAGACCAAGAACUACAGGGUCUUGCCUAUCACGUCUUCCGGCACAUUCCAAACAUACCUCACCGCAUUGGAGAAGAUGCAGAGUUGAUUGAUGCGCUUAUACGAAUCGGAACAGCAUCACCUCUGUGGCAUCAGCGCCUUCGGGUUCUCAUCAACAUGCAGGUCAUCUACUUCCGCCGUCUCUUCCUCAUCUCUCCCGAACAUCAACAGCGUCUUCUUGACUGCGUGGCCACUAUGCUGGAAGACAGUCAACUCGAGGUACGCCUUGGAGCCUCAACUACGCUGUCAGGCAUGAUUCGAUGUUCACCCGUGGCACUACGCUCUAAGGUUGUGCAAGUAUUCAAUAAGAAGUUUUCGAAGAUGCUUCUCAACUCUCCGCUGCCCAAGAAGCCUAGGAACGCUUUUUCGGAACCAAGUACGGGGACAAGCACGCCAACGCCUGAGCAGAGUAAGCUUGUAUUGACUCGACAUGCAUCUGUACUGGGCCUUGGAGCUCUUGUGCAAGCGUUUCCCUACGCAUCACCACCGCCGUCGUGGAUCCCGGGUGUUCUGACGACGCUCGCAAACAAGGCCAACAACGAUCCUGGGAUGGUGGGCAAGAGCGUGAAAAGCAUCUUGAGUGAUUUCAAGAAGACGAGACAAGAUACGUGGCAGAUGGAUCUAACGGCGUUUUCGCAGGAGCAGGCGGAAGAUCUGGACGGGGUUCUGUGGAAGAGCUACUUUGCAUAG